GAUUUGAACUCGCUAGGAGGGAGCCCGGGAGCUCUCAGCGGUCUCGUCGGUGUCGGCGCGCAGUUAGAGAACAGGCAGAACAGGACGCAAGGGAGUUUGCUGAGGAGGAGGAGGCAGUCAGCCCGGGACAAGCUCGAGGAGAUCGAGAGCAAGAGGAAGGAGGAUGCCAACUCCAUGAGCUCCAUGCUGGGGCUGUAGGUGGGGAUGUACACUUUCAUUGAAUGAUUAGGUUCCGUU